AACGUCAUGUAUGUAAUGAACAGCUGAUUUUAAGAAAUUUAGAUCAUCUAAAUAACGUCGAAGUGCCAAUGCCAAUGGAUAAUGGCAGAAGGUGGCGAAAAGUAUUAUUUGUCUGGUUAUGACCCUCGGCAGUUGGAGCGCGAUCCAGGGCAAGUGGUGAUGACAACCAGCCCACCCCCUCCAUUCUCUGAGCCAUUUGUGUUCUCUCGAAACAGCAGUGUCAACAGUAGCAGUUCACUGUCCCAGCAUGCUUCGGGAUCAUCUGCACCUGCAUCAGAUGAUGAUGAUAGCGACCACGGUGAUGUGAAACCGGUGUUUUCGGCAAAAGAGCGACGUAGAGAGGCGCACCAGCAUGCAGAGCAGAAGCGGCGAGAUGCCAUCAGGACUGGCUACAGAGAACUGCAGGAAAUUGUACCAACCUGUGCCAGUACGGACAACCUUGGCGGCACUCCAAAACUCAGCAAUGCUACAGUGCUGCAGAAGUCCAUAGACUACAUUCAGUUUUUGAUGAAGGAUAAAAAAAGAUAUGUAGAGCAGGUAGAAGAGCUGAGAAAGGAAGUUAUCACCUUGGAAAUUAUGAAGGCGAACUAUGAGCGGAUAGUGAAGGCUCACCAGAAUGUCGAGGUACAAACUGAAAAUGCGGUCUCAGACGAAGCCAAAUUUCAAGUGUUUCAGAGGAUCAUGGACGUUCUGUAUCAAUCAUUCAACAAUUCUGUGUCAGUAAGUAACUUUGCUGAACUAUCAGGCUGUGUUUUUAACUGGCUGGAAGAGCACUGCAAGCCAGGCCACCUACGCAGUCUCACAUCUAGCAUUCUUCAGAAGACCCUGGACUUCAGACAGUAGGCAUAUGAAUAAAUUAGUCGAAUAGUGGCAGACGUAGGGAUUUCUAACAUCAGUACUGAAGACUUAGAGUUUUGUUGUAUUUCUUUGCUCGACAAGGCCUUAUAGGAGUCUAGGUCCAGUAUUCUUAUUAUUAAUAACAUCGUUCUUAUGUGUCGGUGGUAAGAUGCUCCACAAUGUAAUAUAGAGUUUUUAACAUCCGUGUAUAAUGGAAAUUACAUGUGAAUGCCGUUACUCUGUCUGGAUGAAGCAGGGCGAUGGUUUAAUACGGCUUAAAGAAGGGUUGAGAUAUUUUGGUGAGGUUUGUUAGUUAUGAACCAUUAUAUUUGAUAAAGAAAUCUAACAGAUGUGUAAGCCUGAAAUAGGUUUAAAUAUGUCUCUUAGUAUAAGCAGCUUAAUUGUUAGCCAUUUUUGUGCAAAACUAAACUGCAUCUGGGUCCAUGAAAUGUUGCCAUUGUAAAUAGAUCAUAAUUUUAUACACUCAUGCUCAAUUAUCACACGGGAAAAUCUAUAGUUACAAACGUGCAUAAUUACACUGUACAAUUACACAUGGGUGAUUUCUGCAAUGUUAUAGAUGUUCAUGCAUUGUGUUUGUUGCAUGUGAGCAUGCCUUGUAUUAUAAGAAGUGUGUCAUGCUGCAUUCUUACACGUUGGAUAUGUUGCAUUGUAAUGAUGGCUGCUGCAUACUGUUGCAAGGUGUUGCAUUGUUGUAUAGUGUGUGUUGUGUUAUUAUAAGUAUUUAUGUACAACAAUGUUUGUUAUGUCAGCGUUCAGUAUCACGUUCUUACGCGUUUUCAGUGUUGGAUCGUAGUGAGUGCGUUGUGUGUGUAUAUUGUGGCGUGCUGUUUGCAAACAUUUCAUGACUAUAGUAGUCUCUGUACCAUAUAACAUAGCAUCCAUGCUGUUGACUAGGGUGCAUUUUAUGAUGGUUAGCACAGUACUUUAUAUGCAUGCGGUAGUUACUUACUGUGGCAGAUAAGGUCUAUGUCUCCCUGACCUCUGUUUGACCUGGCUCGUUUAGCUAUUUCUGACUAACCCUGGUAACUA